UUCUUCGGAAAGAUAAAAGGUCAUCCACAAGGGUAUGACUCCAUUGUACGCCCACUUGUCGGGCCUGUGGACUCGGAUAACCCAUCUUCAACAAACAUGGCCAUACCUACAACUUCAACCUUCCUUAGCGCUGUGAUCCUGCAGCCUAUCAUCGUGGCGGUGACCAGUCUUUUGCUGUCAUCCCUCAUGUCCUACGAGAUCGCAGAACAGCUGGACUGGAGGCCGAUCACCGUAUGCGUGACAUGCGACAUUCUUGCAGUCGGUGUUGACCACCUGAAAGAUCAAGAAAUUGUAAUCGGUGCUUGGGGUGCGGCUGUCACAAAGCGCUUUGCCCCUCUGUUCCACCUUGCCCGUGCCUUUCUGGCAUUGAAUGCGUCACUACUCGUGAUCGCUUUAUGUCGAUGUCCACCAAAAAUGACGCUCGUCACUGCAGUUUUUACUGUCCCUGCUUUUCUAUGGGCAACGCCGCUUGAUUUUUGGCGGAUUGGCGCAGCACUCAAGGGGAUAUUACGUACGAAUCAUGAUGAAGAAUUGGAAUAUGAUCCACCGAAAUCUAGCGAACCAUUCAUCAUCAAACGAGUUCCUGGGAUGAAGGCCAUAUUCGACGGCAUCAUCAGGGGUUGUGGGACAGCCUUCGUCGUCCACUCAGCACUGCAGUCGUCGUGGAAGUCGGAUCAGAUCGCGCCUCCAUGGACGGUCAUUGAGACUAUCGUUUGGUCGACGGUCAAUCGUACUUGUCAUUGUAUUAUGACAGAUGUGCGUGACUAUGACGAGGACGAGAAGGCUGGAGUCCCGACCAUACCCGUCCUUCUAGAGUCUCCCCUUAAGACUCGGAUAGUCUUGACUGUCGUUCAAGCAUCCGUUAUGAUGGCCUUCCUCCAUAAUCCAUUUAUUGUAGGGAGUUCCUGCUUUGCCAUAGCUCUCGUUUGGAUACUAGGGAAAGAUUCGCCGAAGGCGUAUUUCCGUCUCAGCCUUCAUUCACAGUCGAUGUUCAUUGCUCUGUAUGCUGUUAUGUUCUACUUAGAAUUGCUUUAGAUCAUUAUUGUACUACAUUUUAGGGUUAAAAGAUUCUUUAGAAAGUGUAGCCUUUCACUCACGUUCAUUGGGCGCUGUCAUGUAUUCUCUAGACCACUGCAAUGUUGUAAUCUCAGAGUCCGAAAGCGUAUUUUCGCCUCAGCCUCGACUUAGAUCCAUUGUUAUGUACGCUAUAUGUCACCCACCGUACGUUAGUGACGACAUGUAGUAUGAUAUAAGUGUGAUACUUACUUAGAAGGAUCCCGAUAGCUCCUAAUCCUCCAGAGCUUGGAUGCAGUUACUGCAAUGACCUAUAAAAAAUACGCUCAGUAUGUUGUGCACACCAGGUGAAGGCUGCUUUUAAGUCUUGCAAGGUGGUUCAAAC